UUCCACGCACGGUCACAUUGCUUCAACGUCACGCCGUCCAGUUGCUGUUGUUGUUUUUUAUUAAUUUCGCCUGGAUUUCCAUUUGUUCGAAUUAAAAAAUGGUUUUUGUGAAGAACUGGGAGGAUUUCGAGAUCGCCGCCGAGAAUAUGUACAUGGCGAAUCCCCAGAACUGUCGAUACACGAUGAAAUACGUGCACUCCAAGGGCCACAUACUGCUUAAAAUGACGGACAACGUAAAGUGUGUGCAGUACAAAGCGGAAAACAUGCCGGAUCUGAAGAAAAUCGAGAAGAUCACCAGCAAUUUGGUGGGGCACAUGGCCUCCAAGGAGUAAAACCCACAGAAGCACAAACAAACUUAUUGGCCACGGCAGCACUUCUGCCCACAAACAACAACAAACAUUCAUAUAUGUAAAUCAGCCUCAAUUGUUGUUGCUUUGCCCGGACAGGUGUGUGCGUGUGUGUGUGCCAUCAACACCCGCAAUUGAAUUUAGUUUUUAAGCGCCAAAUAGCCGCCAAGCUUUUGAAAUUCGAAUGUGGCGAUCAGAGUAGCUGCUCCUCAGCCUGCUUUUAAACGACAUUUCAUAAAUGUCUGCUCUGUACACGUUGCGAAUCGUCUGCGAAUGGAAAUCCUCCUCUUGAGGUCGAAAUCCAGUCUGCUGGCAGCGGCGGCGGCGCAAAAUGUUUUUCAUAAAUUAACCAUACGAUUUUGUAUUUAUUGUAAAAGUCAAUGGAUCGUACACAUUUCCAUGAAAUGAUUCGCAUGAAAUAAACCAAGGGAAUAAUGUAGAACACAAUGAAACAAAGGAA